UUUUCCGCAAUUCUAAUGAAAAAAAAUUGUAGUGACAGGAUACACCAAUCCUGCACUCAAUAUUUCACUCUCGCUAAUUUUCCUGUUUGUCUGAUAUUAAAAUUUAUUCUUUCGUGUAGGAUUUAUCUAUUCAUGUAACAUUUAAACCUGAUUUGCAUUACUGUUGGUAUCAACGAACCAAAAAUGUCGCUUGUAAAUAGCCCACAGAUGUUUAAAAAAGAGAGGCAAAAAGGUGAUCUUCACAUAUUUUGGGGAGGGAAAGACAAUAAUCAACGUAAACUUGAACAGGAACAACAAUCUGUUUUUGACAAUUGUUUAACUCCAAUACCAGAUGAUUUAUCACUCAGCGGACAAUACGAGACAUGUUAUUUUAAAGAUGAAGAAUUUUGCAAUGACAUUGAAAGAGACAAAAAUUCACCGGAAGACAUUAAGAAUGGUUUGGACCCUGUUCAGAAAGAAAAUGAGUUCCGUGAUGAUUUAGACGAGACAGACUACUUUGAUAGUGAAGAUGAAUACUGGGAAGGAAGCAAAAACAAAAAAAUAGAAGAUAAUCCAUCUGUAUGUGUAUUUUGCCUUUCAUAUCAUCUCCCACGAAGUGUUCAAGAACAUAAAGAAUGUUCUUACGAGGAAGCGUACGAUCUGUCUCCAUGGUGUACACCAGCUGUUCAAAAGUUUGCCAAAGAAAACAACUUUGAGAUUAAAGACGUGUAUGGUGAUGGUAACUGUCUGUUUCGUGCUGUAGCAGAUCAAUUUAUGGUCAAUGGAUGUCCUGGACAUACAGAAGUUUCUUUGCGUGAAUCUGCGAUAAAACACCUAGAAAGCGAUCCAUCGAAGUACGGAGUGCAUACAUCUUCCUUUUUGUUCGGGGAAACAUGGGAAUUCUACCUACAAAGAAUGAAAAAACCAGGAGAAUGGGGCGAUCACAUAAUUCUUCAGGCUUUGGCCGAUGUAUUUUUACUGCACAUCAGCGUCUAUAAUACCGUUCACACGGACAUCAGACGAACUGAAAUAACUGGUGAACAAUACCUGUCAAUGACGAACAAAUUUCAUAUUGUACUUGGGCACGUGGGAGAGAGCCAUUAUUUCAGUCUUCGUCCUUUGCAAUGGAAAACAGAAUUACCCUAUAAGGCUCAAAUAUUUAGAAUGUUGGUGACCAAUAGGGAAAAAACUUUGAAGGAAAGUACAAGACUUAUGGACAGCAAGUUUGUAUCAAUGUUUCAAGGUCAUUUCCCGGACACUCAAUUGUCAGAGUGUAUCCAGUUUGUAUUGCAGUAUAUUUCACUUAAAAAAGAAAGAAAUGACAAACAACAUGCUAAUCUCAAACAGGUCUUCAUAACAUACACCGGAAUGGAUUUAAUUCAGGAAGCAACAGAAGAUUCUAAAAGAAAAUUGAUUGUAGACCAAUCGUAUGUUGAUCCUGUGUCCGGAAUACCUUUGCAGCACUUAACAUUUAUUAUGAAACAAUUGUUACCAUCAAAAAUAUUUCGAAAGAAACGCGAAAUUCCUGCUCCAUUGUUUCGUGCUAGAGAUGUAUUGUAUCAUUAUUUAGGAUCACAAGCCGAUGUUAGCACAGCAACGCUUCAAGAUAUUACCCGAAACCGGAAAAUAGAAAGGGAAAAUAAAUUUGAUUUUUGUCGUAUUGCUUUAUUGAAAACGGGAACAGCAGCAAUUUUCCCGAAUUCACAUGUACCGCAGGGAGUUUUUUCAACACUGCUGCAUGUUGAUUUGUCUGAAACCCACCCUGGAUAUUGCAGACUUAGACUUUCCACGUCUGAUUCAUGGGAAAACAAUGGAAUUGUUGGCUCUAACGUAUUUCAAAAGGCAUUCAAUAUUCCAGAUGGGUUACAUUCCAUUCUGUCAGAGCAGUACUUAAAUAAAAUUGAUUGUUUAGGAGUGUUUUGCGUAACAUUUCCAUUUACUUGCCGCUGGAAUGAGAAAAAGGAUGGUUUCCCGUCGCAAUUUCUUAUUAAUUCUAUGAUUAAAACUGGUUGUACCUUAAUUCCAAGAUCGCAUCCAAAUAGUACAUCCCCAGAAUUUGAAUGGAAGUUUGAUUUUUCAAUGACAGAACAUGUUAUUUUUGAAAAUCUAACAGUUUCCCAGGUUAAUGGUUUUUACAUAUUAAAAGUAUUGAUUGAAAAUAUUGUACAUCACCUGCCAUUCAAAACAAAACAUUUAAAAUCUGUAUUUUUCAUGACAUGUGAAGAAAUACCACCCGAUGCUUGGGAAACUAACUUGAGUGGAUGUGUGUUGUACGUUUUAGACUCUCUUCUUACAUGCUUUAAAUCAAGAUUUCUUCCACAUUAUUUUAUUCCAGAAAACAAUCUCAUUGACUGUCACAGAGAGGAUGACAUCGCCACUAUUUGUGCUUUGAUUGAAUACAUUCGUCUUUUUCCUGCAAAUGUUAUUCAAAUUGUUGUCGAAAAAUAUGGGUUUACAUAUGGAACAAAUUUGAUUCAGCAGGUUUUGUCAAAUGUAAAAGAUUUCAUUUCUGCGGAAAAUGUGCAUAAUACAUUCUAUAAUUGUUUUCUGCCGUUAGCGAUUGCAACUUCAAAAACAAUAGCAAAGAUAGGUUUCUAUGAUGUUUCACUUGAUAUACUCAAGGAGCAAUUUGAACAGAGUCUUUUAGUGCCAGAGGCAGGACUAAGGCAAACAACUAUAGAUUUUUCCGAUUUCUUUUGGUCGGCAUUAAGUAAAAUGAAGCAAAAAGCAUCUCGUGUUCUCCUGGCAAGAUUAUUUGACAUCCAGACGGGAUCAAAUGUCUUGGACUUUGUUAAACUUAGAGAGAGAGACAACUCUCUACAAAUGUACCUGCCAUGGACACUUGACAAAAGGAUAGGCUGGCUGGAAGUUCCCUUUGAUCACACCAACGAUUUGAUCGCAAGUGCUAACUUUCUCUACGAUUAUAGCAAACGAGAAUAUUGGAGGCGAAAUGUGGUACUUGCUGAAUUAGCUAUUACAACCGCAAUAAAAUGCAUUAAAGAAACACUGAAGCAAGAAUCGUUUUUUGUGGAAGACAUUAAAGAUGCAUCUUUGAAAGCAGAAGUUGAGGCCCAGAAAAAAAUGGUUAAGAAGAAACUAAUCCCGUAUUAUGUGCAUUUGUAUAGCGUUGCUAGAAUUGAAUUUUACCUUACUCCCAUGACAGAACAUAUAGGCGACAUUGAAAACCUUUGCGAGGAGUUUCCAGAAAUGUAUGGAUUGUUCUAUUCAAUGUGUAUUUAUACAAAUCAACCUGAAAAGAAAAAGGAAUAUGUAAAAAAAAUGAUCGCCUAUUUUCAAGGAAAAUAUUUGCCGUACUCUCAAGAACUUUCAGUCCCUAUGGACUAAGAUUAUUCAAACAGGAAAAAAAGUAAUCGAUGUGAAGAUAAACUUUAAUUGUUUUGUCUUUUUUGCAUCUUUCAUAAAUGUCUCAUAUGUGUAUUUCAAUAAAGAGACAUUGAGAUAACUUGUCAAUAAAAUUAUUGAAAAAAAACAUUCCAAUUAUUUACAC